AUGAGGCAUAGCGUAACCUUAAAACGCAUGGAACAUCCUUCGUUCCCAAUCUUCAUUUAUCCCAAUGCCUUGACAAGGUUAGGUUUCUUAAUCCAUUUAGAAUGUUCCCCAAUGGAGUUGGGCACCUUGAUGUUUGAAGAUUUAGGUUCAUCUUGUCAAAACUUGGAAAGGUUGAGUUUGAAUUAUUCGAAUGGUGUCAUCGAGAGUGUUGGUAGCGGUAUCAAUGAAAGUGUAUCAAAAUUCAUUUCAAUGCAAAAUGGGUUAAAGGAAGUCGAAUUUUAUUGUCCAAAUAUUAAUCAUCAUGAUGUUGAAGGGAAUGAUGGUGGUGGUAUUAGUAUUCAAAAUUUAAGAGAAUUUAAGAAAGAAUUUAACAAAUUUGUAGGAAAAAGUCUCUUGAGACAUAAAAAUACUUUAAAGAGUAUCAUAUUUAAAGAGAACGUUUAUAUCUUUUCAAAUAUUUUAAAUCAACUAACUAACGUUAAAAAAUUUGAAUUUAAGUCCAUGUUGGGCAGUCAUUCUAACCAUGGGGAUGGUGAAAUCUUCAUGAGAGGAUUGAAUUAUCUGGAAAAUGUUAAAUGGUCAAAUCUCGAAUUUUUAAAUGUUUAUGGGAUUAACGUUGAAAAUGAAUUUGAAAUCUUCGUUAAAUUGAUCCAAGGUACCUCUGCUUCUUUUACGAACUUAACCAUUACCGAAUCUAUCAUCGAAGAGAAUGAAUCCGAAAGUAUGCAUGAGGGUGAGAAUGAGAAUGUGACUGAAAAUGAUAGUGAGAAUGAGAGUAAUAGUGGGACUGAAAGAGAGAAUGAAAUCGAGCAAGAACUAGGCCGGGAGCGAACACAAGUUGAAACGCAACAACAACAGAUACGACAAGGUGUUAAUGGAUUGUUAAGACAGGUCAAUAUCGAAACGGAUUCAACGAUGCCAAAUCCUGAAUGUAUUAAAUCAUAUUAUCAAUCUUUGAUAAGAUUUGGUCCAAGCCUUGAAGUGGUGACCAUAUGGUAUUUAGAUGAGUAUAAAGAUGAUUUUGAAAAUUUGAUUAAAUCCUCUCAAGGAUUAAAAGAAAUCUCCCUUUUCAUUCAUAAUGAUGACGUUCCAGGAAAUAAUAAUGGUGAUGAUCUAUUGACCUUUAUAUUUAAUACCCUGUCAAGUUAUUCUGGUUUCAAUCUUUGUAUGAUAAAGUUUGGUGAAGGUUGGAACAUCAGUGUAAAGGUCUUGUAUGAAUUCUUGCAUCGAUGGAGAGAGAGAAGGCCCUUGUUAAUUUAUUAUCAUAUGGAAAUUGAUAUUACCGAACAACAUUUACAAGUUUUUGAAAAUUUUAAAAAUAUUGGUGUACUCAAAGGUUGGAAAAGAUAUUUUUAA